AUGUCAGCCUCGGACCCUGCCUCUGUAGCUGCCGCCCAGAUGGCGAAGCCGGAGGAACCGGCCGCUGAAGAAGCGAAAAAAGAGAAAGCAGCAAGCACGAGUCAAACGCAGAAAAAGUCCGCCGUUGGAAAAUGUCCCGACGAAGACACACAGUUCGACAGCUUGCCGGCGAUCCUCGUCGCGCUUACUCUGCCUGAGUUGAAGCAAGCCUUUGCGCCGCUGUGCUACGAGAACUUGACUUUUCCGCUCCUGCCUGUCAGCGGCGUGCCUCUCGUUGUCUCCGCCUUCGACUUCCUCGCCCGAAAUGGCGUGACAGAAAUCUUUGUGUUGAUCAAGAGCGACGAAGAGGGGCGCCUGGUGAAGAAGGUCGUGGAGGAGCACGAGGAAACGUUUCAGAAGCGGCUCAGGCGCGUCGUCAAGCGUGGCCUUCGCGUCACGUGUGUGGAAGUCCCGACGACUGUCGACUCCAUGGGAGACGCCCUCCGUGACUUCAGCAGCAAAUUCGACCUCCGACACGACUUCCUCUUCAUGCACGUCUCCUCCUUCAUCCGCGCGGACAUUCGACCAGCCAUCAGCGCGCACAAGGAGCGGACGGCGACGAAGUUCCGCGGCGUGUCGGGAGGCGAAGCCGUGAUGACUCAGCUGCUCACGCGGGCGUCGCCCUCCAGCCCCCAGCGGCUCUUCGACGACGACGUCGCGCUGCUCGUUGACGCCGACUCCAAGGAAGUUCUCGCCUCGAUUUCGCUCAAGAAACGCGCAGAAGUUGAGCUCAACGAAGACAUCGUGCAACUCGCUGCCGCGCCGUCGUCGAGCGGCUUCCAGGUUCACUACGAUCUCGUUGACAUUGGCGUGUAUCUCUGCGCGCCGAAGGUUCAGGAGCUCUUUAGCCAAUCGUUUGAUUACGCCAGCGUGAAGCGCGACUUCAUUCCCGAUCUGAUCAACCGCGAAAUCAAACUUGACGCCAUCUACGCCUACGUGCUCGAGACUCAGCAAGGCGACACAGACGUGUCCUACGCGUCGUGCUGCGUGGAUCCGCGGACGUACUACCACACGUGCCGCGAGGCGCUUGAGCGCUGGACGUAUCCACUCGUGCCCGACACGCGCUCGUCGAGCAUAGGCCAGUCUCACCAGCUGCGCUACCGCGGCCGCGGAACCUACCAGGCGGACUCGGUCUCGCCUGGUCUGCGCUGCGAGUUUGGGCCACUGGUGGCGAUUGAGGACUCGACGACAAUCGGGGACGACACGACGAUUCGUCACUCGUUCAUCGGCUCCAAGUGCCGAAUCGGGAGGAACGUGUUGAUUGAGGGCUCGAUUCUCUUCGGCAACAUCGAGGUCUGCGACAACGUGCGCAUCACGAACUCGAUGAUCUUCACCGACAUCAAGAUCCUCGAAAACACAGUCGUCGGCGACGGCUGCGUGUUGGGCGGCAGCGUCCGCAUCGGCCGGGACCGCGUCAUUCCGCCCUUCACGAGAAUCUACCUGCCGGCGCGGCUCAGACCCGACGCGCUGCAAGACGAGACCUGCCAACACGGCCUCGGCGACGACCCCCGCGAGCGCGACAUCAUCGGUCAGGACGGCGAAGGAAAAAUCUGGCUCAUGCGCGAGUGGAACAAAGAAAAACUCGCCCUCGUCUCCCUCGGCGGCUCAACUGCCCCCUUCAUCAAACUCUCACUCCCUACCUUCGAACUUGACAACGACGACGAGUCGAUCGACGACGACGCGUGCGCGCCGUCAGGUCUCUCCACCGAGGCGGACGUGGAGAUGGAGGCUGCCGACGCGCCCCACAGAGAAAAGCGCCAAGACGCCUCGUUCUCCGCGGAAAUUACGGCCAUGUGCCGCGAGGGACUCCUCGAGCCUCAGCACAUGCAGCACAAGGUGCUAGAGAUGAAGAGCUUCCGCCUCGCCUCCAACCGCACCGACCUCGACGUCGCCAAAAUCAUCCUGCCAGUCUUCCUCGAGGCCAUCGCCUUCGCAGAAGACGGCGGCGCGCCGAGAAAGGACACGUGGGAGAAGUAUAUCACCACGCAUCGCGCGGGCCUCUUGUUUUCCUCCUUCCUCUCGAACGCGCGCCCAGAGGACUUCGUCGCGCUCUGGGACCUAUGUCUGGCGUUCUGUCUUCAACCGACAGUGUCUGUGGCGGUCGCGCCGGUGAAAGACGAGGACGAAGCGGACGCGGAGGACGAGAAGAUCCCCGCUGAGCCCGAAGAGCGCGUCAGCAAGGCGAAUCCGCUCCACGGCGCGUCGGCCUUCUGCGCGCUCUGCGAGGUGCUCCACGCGUGCGACUUCCUCGAGGCGGACGCCUCCCUGCCGCUGUGGCAUGCGCAGCGAACUGAGGCCGCACUCGGAGAAGAAGAAAAGUACCUCAACAACCCGCGCUUGAAGGCCUUCGUCCAGUGGCUCGACGAAGAAGACGACAGCGAAGACGAUGAAGACGAAGACUGA